AGGAACCAGAUGGGACCAUGUCAAGAAUGAUUGAAGAUUGUGGGAAAAGAGGAAAUACCAUGGCAGAAAGAAGGCAGCUGUUUGCAGAAAUGCGGGCUCAAGAUCUGGAUCGCAUUCGUUUAUCUACCUACAGAACAGCAUGCAAACUUAGAUUUGUACAAAAGAAAUGCAACUUGCAUCUGGUGGACAUUUGGAACGUUAUAGAAGCCUUGCGAGAAAAUUCAUUGAAUAACCUGGACCCAAGCUUAGAACUGAAUGUGGCUCGUCUGGAAGCCGUGCUUUCAACUAUUUUCUACCAGCUCAACAAACGGAUGCCAACCACUCACCAGAUCAAUGUGGAGCAAUCCAUCAGCUUACUGCUCAACUUCCUGCUAGCAGCCUUUGAUCCGGAAGGACAUGGUAAAAUUUCUGUUUUUGCUGUCAAAAUGGCUUUGGCGACUCUUUGUGGAGGAAAGAUCAUGGACAAAUUAAGAUAUAUUUUCUCAAUGAUUUCAGAUUCCAGUGGAGUGAUGGUUUAUGGAAAGUAUGACACGUUUCUGCGGGAGGUUCUUAAAUUGCCUACUGCGGUCUUUGAGGGUCCUUCGUUUGGCUACACAGAACAAUCGGCAAAAUCCUGUUUCUCUCAACAGAAGAAAGUCACGUUAAACGCUUUCUUGGACACUCUCAUGUCUGAUCCUCCACCUCAGUGCCUGGUGUGGUUACCACUUCUGCAUCGGCUGGCAAAUGUUGAAAAUGUCUUCCACCCUGUUGAGUGUUCCUACUGCCACAGUGAGAGCAUGAUGGGAUUUCGGUAUCGGUGCCAACAGUGUCACAAUUACCAGCUCUGUCAGGACUGCUUCUGGAGAGGGCAUGCCAGUGGUUCCCAUAGCAACCAGCACCAAAUGAAAGAGUACACGUCAUGGAAAUCACCUGCUAAGAAGCUAACUAAUGCACUUAGCAAGUCUUUAAGCUGUGCUUCCAGCCGUGAACCUUUGCACCCAAUGUUCCCUGACCAGCCUGAAAAACCUCUAAACCUGGCUCAUAUUGUAGAUACUUGGCCUCCCAGACCUGUAACCAGCAUGAAUGACACACUCUUCUCCCACUCUGUUCCCUCAGGAAGUCCUUUUGCAAACAGAAGGUUACUUGAGGGUAUAAAUGUAGCCAGUCCUGUGGCUGAUGAGCAUUCUCUUAUAAAGCUGUAUGUAAAUCAGCUUCACAACAAUUCACGCUCUCCUUACAAGAAUAAUGAAGUAGAGCAGAACAAACUUCUGGCUAGGGCUGCUCCAGCUUUCUUGAAAGGCAAAGGGUUACAGUACAGCCUCGAUGUUGCAGACAGGCUGGCCGAUGAACAUGUACUCAUUGGGUUGUAUGUCAACAUGCUCCAGAGCAACCCCUCACGCAUGCUUGACAGUUCGAGCCGUCUUGAUGAAGAGCACAAGCUGAUCGCCAGGUAUGCAGCAAGACUGGCAGCAGAGACCUCUUCAUCACAACAGCAAGGUCAGCAAAGGGGUGCAUCAGAUAUCUCUUUCACCAUUGAUGCAAACAAGCAACAAAGACAGCUGAUUGCAGAGCUUGAAAAUAAGAACAGAGAAAUUUUGCAGGAGAUCCAGAGGCUGCGACUUGAACAUGAGCAGGCGUCUCAGCCCACACCAGAGAAGGCACAACAAAACCCAACUCUCCUUGCAGAGCUUCGACUCCUGAGACAGCGGAAGGAUGAGCUGGAACAGAGAAUGUCUGCUCUCCAGGAAAGCCGGAGAGAGCUGAUGGUUCAGUUAGAAGGCCUCAUGAAACUACUGAAGACUCAAGGAGCAGGCUCACCUCGUUCUUCACCCAGUCACACUAUCAGCCGACCAAUUCCUAUGCCUAUCAGGUCUGCAUCUGCCUGCUCCACCCCAACCCAUACACCUCAGGAUUCUCUGACAGGAGUAGGAGGAGAUGUGCAGGAGGCUUUUGCUCAAAGUGCAAGGCGAAAUUUAAGAAAUGACUUACUGGUGGCAGCUGAUUCAAUCACCAAUACCAUGUCUUCUCUGGUAAAAGAGCUAAACUCAGAGGUGGGCAGCGAGACUGAGAGUAAUGUCGAUUCUGAAUUUGGACGGACACAUUUUGAUGAUCUUGUCCCAUCACCAACUUCUGAAAAAGCUUUCCUUGCACAAAUCAAUGCCCGGAAGCCAGGAUACAUUCAUAGUGCAGCUGCCACAGGAUCUAUUCGCAGUGACAUGGUCGCAGAAGAUGGAGAUUCCUAUGUUAGAGCAGAUGAUGAGAACUACGAAAAUGACUCUGUUCGUCAGCUGGAGAAUGAGCUCAAGAUGGAAGAAUAUCUGAAACAAAAACUGCAGGAUGAAGCCUACCAGGCAAGCUGCAGUCAGGCAGACAAUGAAAGCUAUGUACGAACUGAUGAUGAGGAGAGCUGCCUUCGAACAGAUGAUGAUGAUGAAAACCUAGCUGCAAACUUCACAGAAGAAUGGAACCAACAGGUGCAGCGUCUCUUGACAAAAAAAUCAAGUGACUGACUAAGUUCUGAGGACUGUAGCACAGUACUUUUGUUCUAAGAGUUGUAGUCUGUAGGUGUGUGUUUUGAGAAAAAGACUUUUGUUUAAAGCUAACUCUUAUUAGCUACAUCUUCUGUAACAUGGCUCAUUAUUGGUGAAGAACACAGGCUGAAAUGUGUACUGCUGUUACAAAACAACAGCAAUACUAACUAAACAUGUAAACCCUUUGCACAUGAUGUUGAACCUGUUCAGUUUACAAUGACAAUAUUAAUACUGUUUAUAGAUAGGAAUUUGAUUUCUGAAUACUUUGAGAUUUUAGUAGAACAGUUUACUAUACACUGUACAUUUUUUCCACAGAAGAAAUAAAAAGCUACAAUUAUGCAUUUAACAAUAAAUGAUUAUACUCCUGAGUGUAUAUAUCUAGUAGCCCAAAAGCAAAGUACCAGGCUCUAUCUGCAAUUUGUUUGCAAGUCUUUACAUAAAAGGACUUGUACAAAAUGCAGUAAAAGAAAAAAAAAAACCUCUCUAAUUUAGGGCUAACGUGUAACUUAGGAAUGUUUUCUUUCAAAAUAAUCUAAAAAUCAGCCAUAGAAGUUAGUGUAAAUAUUUUUUCCAAAUAAAUAUCAUAUACAAAUGGCAACAUUCAAAUUAUAUAGAAUCUAGUUUUUAAAUCAGCACAGAUCUUCUUAAAACUGUGAACUAUGUUUUGAAAUACUCGUUACUAAAGCUGUUUAUAAACCACAGGUGCCAUAAGAUCCCUGAACUGACUGAAGUUAUGUAUAACCUUCCAUGGUAUUGUUUCAUUGAUGUUUUAGCUUUAGUAAGCAUGUGUUCAACCGACUGGCUCUUCCCAUUUUUUCUCCAAAUCCAUCAUGUUAUUUUUGAGGCCUUCAGCUUUAAAUGUACAGGCUUAAAAGUGUGCUUGCAACUGUUUUCUUUUAUUUCCAAAUGUGUAUUGCCUUAGCCAGCCACCAGAUGUUCUGCAUGCACUCUUGGAAAUGUGUAGUGAGACUCUCUUUCAGAGCUGAAUGGAGACAUAGCUAUCAGGGAAAAGCACAAGAAAAGCAGUGGAUGUUUCUGAGAGAAUAGGCAUAGAGUUACAAAGCUGGAGUUUUGUCCCUGUAAGUAACUCUUAACAUUUUAUAUUAGCCCUGGAGAAUUCAAGGAGAAAAUGAGGCUUUUUUAUCAUUCAGGAUUAUAAAAAGGAAGUACUAGCUAUAAGCUGCUUGCCCUACCAUUACUAUUAUCCAACAUAUAGUUUUGAGCAGGGAUUGAAGCAAAGUAUUUAGUAAUAUCUCACACAUAGGUUAUUACUUCUGAAUAAAGUUACACUGUCUAGCGGCCCUGAAAACAGUAUGAUUUCAUACAGAUAUUCCAUAUCUGGCACAACCUACUAACAGUGAGUAAUAAGGUAUUGAUUUAAAACAACCCAAUACAUGUCUAACUUCUGUUCUGUGGUAACAUCUAAGGAUGUGUCCUACCACUUAUAAAUUAGACUGAUGCGUAGCUUGUCUCAAUACAUUAAAUCGGUGUUAGUCUGCAGGCAGUCUUUAGUCUCACGGCUGUUUCAAUGAGACUGCUUUUGGGUAUGAAAGAGCUACUGCAAUUUUUCAGUUUCGUAUUAUUGUUUAUGCAGAUUUCUUGUCCACAACUCCUUGUAUAUCUGAGUGUGGUCUCAGACACCCAAAUCAACGGACACUAUUGCUACCAGAUGUCUUUUUCUAGGUUUUUUUUUUUCCCCAAUCACUGUUUUUUGCUUCUGUGGUAUGUGCCAGCCAGAAAAGGUAGGCAUCAUACCCUUUGAUGCCAUACCUCUCCUACAACCGCCUCUCAGGAAUGGGUGAGACUCCACUAGUGCCUAGCACUCAACAUUUAAAACUACUGCAGUGAAAUUAUAAAUGUUGCUGUCAGCUCAGGAUUCCUGUCAAGCAUUUCCUGAACAAAGACAAACUGAGCAAGAACACAAUUAUAUGUCAUGGCUGACUGAUUCAACCCAUGUCAUGUUUAAUUGUACCUGGAGUAAUAACUACAUUACAUAAGCCUAAUGUCUGUGUACACACCAUCAUCAUGUCUGAAAUAGGUGCAAUAGUAUGAAUCCAUUGGAAGGGCUUCAGGACCCAUAGUAAUGACAAAAGUUGACAAGCCAAGCCCCUCUCUCUCGGGCUGGUGUCAGCGAGGCAAUCCCAAACAGAGUUCUAGGUGACUUCUUGUACUUCAGAACUCUGAAAUGAAGCACUUCUUAUUUGGCUCUCCAGAUCUCUAUUUUAAACAUUUUUGAAGCAUCAAGCUGGCUACAUUUUAACCCGGCUGUUCUUUGUCAUCUUGUUAAAGAUUAUUUUGAUUGUGUUUUGUUGUCAUUAAGCAAAGUUACAGAAAUGGUCCCCAGCACUGGCCAUUUUGUAACUACAAAAUGGCCAAGCACAGCAGUCAAAACUCCCCAAGUGGUUUACUGUUACUGAAGGGAAAUUGAGAAGCAGGAGACAGGAGUGUGAAGAUGAAUAGGGUUCUUGAAUGUUCAAAAUGAAGGUGGACAAUGGGUUAUCUGUAAGUAGUAACAUUAACUAAACUGCAUAAAAAGGUGUGUGGCCUUUGUUGUGAUAUAAUAUGUAUUUUCUUAUAUGCAUGAGCCAAAUUGUUGCCUCAUUAUUUAACACAGGUGUGUCUGCCUUUACUUUUAGCCAUCUUCUUCCAUCCUUAUUGGUCUUGGCAAUUACUGUAGAUAGACCUUGUAAAUAUUGCAACCUCAGGUUGCUGCAAUUACAUUGGUUCAAUUCAGCAGAAGGAGCCGUAAACAGCAAGCACUCCACUGUGUCCUGAAGGGAAAAGUAACUUUUACCUUUGAACCAAAAAUGUAUGAAGAGUUACAUCUUGAGGCUACUAACUGUAAGACAUUUUUAACUACUGUACUUGACACCACUUGAGACAGAGACACUAAAGAUUUCACACUAUUCAUUGGUAUUGUAACAGAACUACUAUUGUAUGGGUUUUUUGUAUUGCUGUUAAGUAUUGUUUUGUGUGUGUGUUGGAACCUACUGGGGACAUGUUAUAUUUUGAAGUGAUUAAACUAUUUAAUUGUGUGUCUAUAUUUUGGAAUGGAAUUAUUUCUUCAUUAAAAAGAUUUUUAAAAGUAA